GUUGUCGAGAUGUUUGGCGGCGGCGGCGGCGGCAACCUCCCUUGAUUUCCAGCUCGUUAGUCCCCUUACUCAACUUCGGCCGGGCCAUUUCGCUGCCUUUGCUCGACCAGGCCCCAAUUCUCUCUUAUGGUUUUACCACCUACUUCGAUUUCUCUUGUCAUCACGGAGGAAAGCUUUCACGGAAUUUUCUUCGUCAUCAAAUUAUUUAAGGACAGUCAUUGAUGUAUGAUUUUUGUCUUCCCGACAAUCUCAAUCGGCUAAAGCGUAUGAUUGUGAACAUUUUCACAGUAGUAUCAUCGAUUUCUUGUUAUCAUGAUGAAUAGAAUGUCGGCAUUUUGCCAUGGAUUUUGUUUCUCGAAGUCUGAGAGCCUCCGGAGCUCAUGAUCGGAUGCAGUUGGGAUGUUCUUCUGUCGUUCCCAUUGCUACGUUAGGCACGAUAGAAGAUUUGGUUGCAGAACUUCCACAAGGGGGAAUCUAGUACUUUUUCAUAUACAGCCAUUUGCCCUAUUUUGCUCUACCACUGACGUCGGAUCAGGGGAUCCGAGGUCGGAUUCUGAGAAUGAGUGGGAAAAACUCCUCAAACCCUUUGAUCUGGAAGAACUUAAAAAGUCUUUUAACUGGGUCACUCCCCGAAGGCUGUGCAAACUGCUUGAGCUUCCCCUUGACAUUUCCACAUCAUUGCAAGUUUUUGAUUGGGCUGGCUUGCAGAAGGGCUACUCCCAUACAUUUGACGUUUACUAUAUUCUGGUAAGAAAAUUAGCUGAAGCUGGUGAAUUCAAGAUGGUGGAGAAGCUGUUACAGAGGUCAAAAGAGGAAGGAGUUGUUUUAAGAGAGCAUUUAUUUAUUGUGAUCAUCAAUUGGUAUGGGAAAGCCGGUCUUCCCGGAGCGGCUGUCCAAGUGCUCGAUGAAAUGCGUGAGAAGUAUGAAUGCCAACCGACUUUCAGAUCUUAUAAUGUGGCUCUGGACAUUUUGGUUGGGGCUAAUUGCCAUAGGAUAGCUGUCAACUUGUUCCAUAGGAUGCUUCAUAGAGGUGUGUUUCCCACCACUUUCACGUUUUCAAUAGUGAUGAAAGCUCUUUGUUUGGUGAAUGAGGUGAACUCGGCACGCUCGCUUCUUGAUAAAAUGGGAAGGCAUGGAUGUGUUCCUGACUCAAUAAUUUAUCAGACUUUAAUACAUGCUUGUUACAAGGAGAAUAAGGUUCAGGAUGCUUUACAGCUUUUGGAGGAUAUGCUGUUGAUGGGUUGUUCCCCUGAUGUUAAUACAUUUAACGAUGUUAUUCAUGGGCUUUGCAAAAUUGGCUAUGUAGAUGAUGCAACCAUAUUGGUCGAAAGGAUGGUUCUUCGAGGAUGCUCACCAAAUUCCCUGACAUAUGGUGUUUUGUUACAAGGGUUGUGCAAGAAAGGUGAAAUUGAUGAAGCAAGAGCAGUAUUAGCCAAAGUGCCCAAUCCAAAUGUGGUUUUGUUUAAUACUGUCAUCAAUGGAUUUUUCACUGCAGGUAGGUUGUUAGAAGCAAAAGCUCUUUAUGAUAAUAUGACACAAAAUGGUUGUAAUCCAGAUGUUUUCACUUAUAAUAUCGCGAUUAGUGGGCUCUGCAAGGAAGGAAGGUUAGGAUCAGCUAUUCAUCUUUUUAAGGAGAUGGAGGCUAAAAAUUGCUUGCCAAAUGUGAUAACUUACACGAUUUUGAUUGAUGGAUUUUGUAAGGAUGGUCAGUUAGGUGAAGCCAAAAACAUAUUGGAGGAAAUGUACUCAAAAGGCUUCAGCCUUAAUACAGUAGGAUACAACUGUCUCAUCUGUGCUCUCUGUAAGGACCAUAGGAUUAAUGAGGCCAUGAAGCUUCUUGAAAGGAUGGGGGAAGAAGGUUGUAAGCCUGAUAUAAUUACAUUUAAUUCUCUUAUACAUGGUCUUUGCAAAGUUGAUCAACUGGAUGAAGCCUUCAAUGUUUAUGGAAACCUAUUGCUGGAGGGAGUUGUUGCUAAUGGUGUGACUUAUAAUACAUUGAUUAAAGCAUUGCUGAUAAAGGGAGAGCUACAGAAAUCUUUGAAACUUGCCAAUGAUAUGGUGUUGCAUGGUUGCUCGGUGGAUGUUAUCAACUUCAACAGACUGAUAAAGGCGCUUUGCAACAAUGAAGGCGUUGAGGCAGGAUUAGAGCUGUUCGAGAAGAUGAGACAAAAAGGUAUCUGUCCAAGUACUAUUUCCUGUAAUCUUCUUAUUGAUGGGCUCUGUAAGAAACGAAGAGUGCAGGAUGCUCUAGAAUUAUUAGGGAAAAUGCUUCAGCUUGGUUUCAAACCAGAUAUAGUGACUUAUAAUAGCCUGAUAAAUGGUAUGUGUAGGAAGGGCGCGAUGCAUGCAGCUCUUAACCUCUUAGAGAAGCUCCAUGCUGAACAAAUUGUUCCUGACAUAGUUACAUAUAAUAUUUUUAUUAGCUGGUACUGCAAGGCAAAUUUGAUUGAUGAAGCAAACAAGCUCCUAAAUAGAGCCGUGAAUAUUGGAAUUACACCCAAUGCCCGCACUUGGGAUGUUUUGUUACACAAUGUCCUUCAGGAAUCAAUCAAUAUUGUAUCACUUCUGCAGCUAAAGCCAGAUUACACUCAUUGAAGUUCUCAGUAGAACCACAGUCAAGGGGCUGUAAUUCUCUUAUGCAAUGUAAUUUGACUUGAUAUGAUAUGUCAUGGAGCAUCAGUAGUGGGCUACUGGGCUGUUAGGGUGAUUCUAACGCCCUCUACAGCUCAUGGGGUUCUUGAAAGAGAGCUGCAACUCUUUGCUGCAAUGCAGAGGUCUGCAGAUAUUCACUAUCUUACUUUUCACCUAGAGAGCUAUAUGUAAUACAUUUGAAAGGCAUAUAUCAAAGAUGAGUAAAAAUCUUUUUGAAGAUACAAGCAUGUACAUUUAAGUGUUUUAUUUAAGGAUUUCGUUUUCUGGAUGCUAAAAGGUUCAAAAUACAGCUA